UACUGCAGUAUUUACUUCCUUAGUCAUGUCAAGAUCAGAGCUGAAAAUUCGACUUACUCCAGAACGCUUGCACGACAAAGUACAAUAUGAUACGAGUAUUAAUUCUGAUCCACUGACCACCCAGGAAGUCAAGGAUUUGGUUAAAAAGGCAAUAGGCGAAAAAAGGGAGGUACAGAAAUUCUCCUUCAAACCCUACUCCGAUGGGAAGCUUGGAUUCCUUGGAUCGUACAAACAAUUGUGUGUGGACGUUAAAACCGCAAAUGGGAAAGAAACGCUAUACUUCUUUGUUAAAACGGUGCCUUUCGAGGUGCCGUCACAAGCGGAAUACGUACUAGACAAAUGUGUUUUCCUCAAAGAGACGAUCUUCUACCGCGACAUAGUUCCUGAACUCUAUUACGGAUACAGAGACAAAGCUUGGAGUUCAACUUGCUACAUUGUUAAAGACAAUCUGCUGGUAUUCGAGGACUUAGGAGUAAAGGGUUAUACUCUGAGAGAUAAAUUGUUUGACAAAGAGUCGGUUGUUUCCGGUUUAACGGCCAUCGCAAAGCUGCACGCUUGCUCUCUGUUGGCGGAAGCCCGUCUUGGAACAUCCCUGAAGAAGUUAUAUCCCGCUGCAUUCGUGGAGAACGCCUUCAGCCACACUGGGAAGACUAGAACAUGGUUUGACGUCAGCGUUAAAGCCAUCGUUGCCGUAGCUAAACAUCUUGGUCUUGACGAGAGUUUGCUACCAAAGGCGUGCGAGGAGGUGUUUCCCGCGAUGGAGAUGUCGUCUGUGAAAAAGAACGUCGUCAGUCACGGAGAUCUUUGGGGAAACAAUCUCAUGUUCAACGAUGAAGAGCCUUCGCACUGUGUGCUGAUUGAUUUCCAGUUGUUGAGGUAUUCUCCUCUGGCGCACGACGUCGCGCAAUUCUUGUACCUCUGCACGGAACGUGACUUUAGAACAACCUGGGAAGAGACCAUGUUGAAACAUUAUUACAAUGUCUUGUGUGAGACACUGAAAUUUUCAAGGCAGAGCAAUGUAGACAUCCCGUCUUGGUCAGAGUUGAUCCAAGGAAUGGAGGAACAACGGUUAGGUGCACUCAUCACGGCUUGCGUGUACUUUCAGACAGUACUUAUGGAUAAACAUUUAAGCGCGGAUCUUUUGAACGAUGCUGACAGUUAUCAUCAGUUUGAAUUUGAAAAUAGGGACGAGAUAAUACUGAGAACUAUGAAGACCGAUUCUGUAUACUGUAGGAGACUGGCGGACGCUGUUACCGAAUUGGUUGAGCUCAGUUUUCGUUUGGAUCAGUUACCCAAACCUACGUAACAUUAAA